AUGGAUAAAGAUAAGAAAAUAUAACUCAAGAGAGUCUUUGGAUAUUAUUGGGGCACAUGUUUUUUAAUUGUUAAUAUAAUUGGUGCAGGAAUUUUUGUGUCCCCCAAAGGGGUGUUGGCAUACCCUUGCAUGAAUGUGGGGCUCUCUCUGUGUAUUUGGGCUGGAUGUGCUGUACUGUCCUUGAUGGUAAUUCUCUGCUCUGCAGAGAUAGAUAUAAACUUUCCAUGCAGUGGAGCUCAGUACUAUUUUCUCAAGAGAUGCUUUGGAUCCUCGAUCGCUUUCCUGUAUCUCUGGACAACCUUGUUUCUGGGACCCGGACUAGUUGCUAGCCAAGCCCUGCUCCUCGCUGAGUACAGCAUCCAACCUUUUUAUCACAGCUGCUCUGCCCCAAAGCUGCCAAAGAAAUGUCUGGCGCUGGCCAUGGUGUGGAUUGUAGGAAUUCUGAAUUCUCGCGGUGUAAGAGAGGUGACUUGGCUUCAGGCAGCUAGCACAGUGCUGAAAAUAUCCAUACUAAGCCUCAUUUCCCUAACUGGAGUGGUAUUGCUGGUGAGAGGGAGAAAGGAGAAUCUAGAACGGUUUCAGAAUGCAUUUGAUGGUGAAUUUCCAGACGCCUCCCAGUUUAUAGAAGCCGUCUUUCAAGGAUAUUUUGCGUAUUCAGGCGGGGGAUGCUUUACGUGUAUUGCAGGGGAGCUGAAGGAACCCAGAAAGACAAUUCCCAAAAUCAUAUUUACUGCAUUACCUCUGGUGACUGUUGUUUAUUUACUAGUUAACAUUUCCUACCUGACUGUUCUGACACCCAGGGAAAUUCUCUAUUCAAAUGCUGUAGCUGUCACAUGGGCUGAUCGAUUUAUUCCUUCGUUAACAUGGGCUAUGCCUUUUGCUAUUUCUGCCUCAUUAUUUAGCAACCUCCUGGUUAAUAUAUUAGAAUCAUCAAGAAUCAUGUAUACUGCGGGCCAACAAGGACACUUGCCUUUGCUGUUUUGUACACUUAAUAGUCACUCAUCUCCAUUUAUACCUGUGCUACUACUUGUCACUUUGGGAUCUCUUGCAAUUGUCUUAACAAACCUAAUUACCUUGAUAAACUAUCUUUAUUUUGUGGUUUCUUUUUGGUAUAUAUUAUCAAUGAUAGGACUAUUAAAACGGAGAUAUCAGGAACCCAACCUACCUACACCUUAUAAGGUAUUUCUGCCAUUUCCAUUGUUAAAUAUGGCCAUCAACCUCUGCAUGGUUGUGAUACCAUUGGUAAAGUCUCCAAACAUGCAUUAUCUCUAUGUGCUUCUCUUUGUCUUCAGUGAACUGCUAUUUUACAUACCCUUAAUACAUUUUAAAGUUAGGUUGGUUUGGUUUGAGAAGAUGACUUGUUAUUUACAAUUACUGUUUAAUAUUUGCCUCCCUGAUGUGUCUGAUGAAUAG